AUGACCCUCAAAUACCUCAUCACGGGCGCGACAGGCGGCCUGGGCCGGUAUGUCCUGGACUACUUCGUGGCCAACAAACCUCUGCAUGAAUUCGCAGCUGCGUCGUCGAGAGAGUCAAACCGACAGCAAUUCGAAGACCGUGGCAUUGCUUUCCGACAGGUUAAUUAUGACGAUCCCGCUACGCUAGAUACCGCGUUCGAGAAUGUCGAGAAUGUGCUUUUUGUUAGUACCAACACGUUCGAUAAUGAGAAGCGUCGAACGCAGCAUCAGAAUUUCGUCGAUGCGGCGAAGAGGAAGGGUGUUCAACAUGUGUGGUAUACAUCUCUCGCGUUCGGAGGAUUCAAGUCCGAUUCAAAGGCUGCAGUGCAGGCGGCGCAUUUAGAGACUGAGGAGAUGCUUCGGAGAUCCGGAAUCACCUACACCUCCAUCCGAGAAGGUGUCUACACAGAAGCCUUCCCCGUACUCCUCAACUGGUACCCCGACUCAACUACCGUCCCUCUGCCAUCCGACGGCCCAAUGGCAUUGACCCUGCGGUCCGAGCUGGGCGAAGCGACCGCGCGGUUAAUAAUCGCCGGUGGCCAUGAGAACGAGAUCGUCCUGUUGACAGCCGAGGACACUAUUCGACCCUCGGAGAUCGUGGAUAUCAUCAAUGCCACGACGGGCCGGCAGGUCAAGUUCCAGCGUGUGUCACCCGAGGAGUAUAUCCGGACCUACGGUGAGAAUGAUAAGGGGGGAAAGCCCAAGGCCUUCUUUGAGAAGACUUUGACGUGGUAUGAGGGCAUUGAGAAGGGUGAGUUGGUUACGACACAUCCGUUGAUGAGGGAGGUUUUGGGCAGAGAGCCUACAAAGCCCCGUGAUGCCAUUCACGGGUUGUUGGCGAACCCUGAUUACACGUGGCAUCAGAACCACGUGAACUAA